AUGAGAAAAGUAUCUAAAAUUUCACCAGGCCGGUAUAUUAAUUCUGCUGCAUCUGCUGGUUGCUGCCAGGCAAAGGGGCGACGCGCGUCCCCAUUAUUGCGCGCGCCGCCGCGCCCUUCCAGGAGUCCUCGCGUGACUGGCGGCGGUGUCCGCACCUUGGAGGCGGCGGGCGGGCUGGGGUGCAGGGGACGCGCGCGCUCGCCCGGGGAUCGGGGCCCCCUUGGUGUCUGCGCCCCCUCUGCCUCUUCCCGGGCACCGAUCGCCGCCUUCCCGCCCCGGGUGGGGCCGCGGGCAGCAGUGGCCCCGGGCUCUCGGCCGCUGCCUGGGAGCCAGAGGGUCAGCUUUAGUUACACAACAAAGUCUCUUCGUCACUGCGAUCCGCCUGGAGGCCACAGCGGCCGGGCAGCCCUGGCAGGGGCCGGAGCGCCGCCGCCGGGGCCGAAGGUGGAAGAGAGCGCGCGAGGGGAGGGUGACCGGCGACAGGGUCCCCGGCGGCAGGACUUACUCGUGUCACAACUGCGGCGACGAGGGGCUGAGGAACCGGUUCUUCCAAAAACCAAACCGAAAAUGGGUAACGGAGAGGCCAGGGCAGCGCUAAGAGGGAUGAAGAUCCAGGCCCCUGGCUUAGAUGGAGAUUUACUUCGGAGCAUCAGUGGGAGAAGACCAGACCAUGUGGGAAUAGCCAAAAGUCAAGUCAACUCUUCAGGUGAAUCUUCCAAAGUUAUUGAGAUUCAGUCUUUCUGCAUACUUAAUCUAACAUGUCUGAUUUUUCUGUUCUUUUUAUCAUUUUUCUCCCUUGGCACAUAUAUACUUUUCAUUCUCAACUACUGUUAGAGUUGGAGCUCUCCUGAGCUUCCAAUAUGCUUUAAUCCAGAUCAUUCUACUUAUUAACAUAUAUCCAUUUGUGAGCUGCCUUUACUUUUAUAAAGAGAUGAUAUCUAACAAGUGCUCUGGG